CCCUGGUGUCAAGUCUGUUCAUCAUGAAGGCCGUCGUCGCUGUGUUGUCCGUGCUAGUCGCCACUGUCCUGGCACAGAAGCCCCUCCGAGCCGGAUCUUUCGGUGAUGCUGGUAAAGGCUAUGGGUACAACCCGUACAACGGUUACAAUGACUAUGGCUACGGUAAAGGCCUUGGCAACAAAGGUAUUGCUGGUAAAGGUUACGGUUACGACUACAGCCCCAACAACUACAACACCUAUGGCUAUGGUAAAGAUGUUGGGAAAGUUGCUGGGUAUGGAGCUGGUCUUGUAGGACACGGACCUUUCGUCGGACAAGGAGUCUACGGACAUGAUGGCUUUGUUUUUGGACGUGGACCUUUCGUCGGAAACGUAGUUGCUGGUCAGGGACAUGGGUACGGUUACAACCCCUACAACAACAACUACGGCUACGGUAAGAACGUCGGACAUGGAGCUGGUCUUGUAGGAAAUGGAUUUGGUGGACACGGACCUUUCGUCGGACACGGCGUUGCCGGACAUGGUGUUUAUGGACAUGGUGGACCCUUUGUUGGUCAUGGAGUUGCUGGGUCGUUGGUGGGCAAAGCCAGUCCCUAUUACUACCACUAG